UCGUUUGUUUUGAAGAGUAUAAACACAACUUUCUGUUGAUUGUUUUCAACCAAAUCACGAUUCCUUAUAUAAUUUUUACUCAUCAAAUAUAAUUUUAAAGAUUAAGUUUAUAAAUUCAAAGCCUAUGAUCAUGAUUUUUUAAAAAAUAUAAGUAACCUUUGAAAUCAUUAUGAAUGAAUAAAUUAAUUGUUUUAUCACAUGGUGUUUUGUUAUAAAUAAUAAGAAAAUGGCUUACUUGAAUAAUAUCACUUCAGAAGAUGAAGUAUUUCGAAAUAUUUUUUUGGCAAGUCUAACGUCUUCACCUACAGUUUCAUCAAGUUCGUGUUCAAGUGGAUCGUCAAGACCUAUUGAUGUCCCUAUUGACACUUGUAUUGAUUAUAUUCGUUCUAAAAUCACCGAUUUACCAAAUGAUGUUUUGGAUAAAUUUAAAAAGUUUAUGGAAGAGUGUGCACCAAAUGGUCGAGUUAAUUGGAAAACAUUCAGAGAAGCAUCGCAGCGUUGGAUAACUUCAAUCAAUUCUAAGUGGCAGGAGACAAAUAAUAACUCCUAUCAAGUAAAUGGUGAAGACAUCGCUGAUAGCCCUGAUGAAGGGACUAGUACUGAUGAUCCGGAUAUUUUAACCAAGAGGUGUGAUAGUGGAAAAUCAUCUGAAUUCUUGGAAUGGUCAAUUGUGCCUGGAAAUAAUGUGACCAAUGAUACAAUACUGGAAUCUGAAGUAAAGGAUGUGCCAAUUAAGUCUCCAAAAGGAUUAGACUUGACAAAAAUUGGUGAAGCUGAGCUCCACAACCGAAUUCGAAGAUUCGAUGAAGAUAAUGCCUGGCUUCGAGAUGAACUCAUUAGGACUGAAGAUUUAGCUAACAGUUAUCAACGACAAUUCUACUCUGUACGACAGAAGUUUGAUAAAAUUAAAGAAAAGUAUGGCGAGCUUGAACGAGAAAAUGAAGAACAAAAGGAAAUUAUACAUAAUUUGGAAGAACAAGAGAGAAAGUGUCAAGGAGUAAUAGAAAAAAUUAAAAAAGAAACAAAGUCGUACAUUAAAGAGAUAGAAAAUAAUAAACAACUUAUUACAACGCUGAAAACCAAAAUUGAAAAACUUAAUAAUGCCAACAUUAAAUAUGCUAAACAACUGUCCACGUAUAAAACAGAGUUGGAAGAGAAAAAAAUUAAUUGUACUAUACUGCAAGAUCAACUUGAUCAGAUGAAUAAACUUAAUAGUAACCUUGAGAAUCAUUACACACAAACAAUUCAAAAUUUGCAAGAAAGAUUUGAAGAGUUGAAAAAUGAUAAUUUCAAAUUACAAGCAAAAUUAAAUUCUAAUAAUCUGUCGAUGGAGGCAAGCUUAAUACAAUCUGUUCACAUAAAUUCACCAGUUGAAGAUUUUUUUGAUGAAGAAAUCAAUAGGCCUUCUCCUCCAGAUUCUCUCUAUGCUGAAUUAAGAGCUUCAGGAUUUUCUUUGAACACUAGUGAAAAUAAUGGAAAAAUUCAAGAGCUUGAAGAAGAAUUAAAUUGGUAUAAUGAGGAAAUACACAAAGCAAUCGAACAAAUUAGUAUAAUCAUUCAAAAAUUGAUUCAAGAGAAAAAAUUAUCUCUUGAUGAAAACAAUUCGAUAGAUACAUGUGAUCCCAAGUCGAAUUACAUUCCAGCACUUUUAGCGGAAAUAUCAAUAUUAUCAAAUAUCGUAACGGAACCAAUCCAAAAGCCAUUGACUAGUGAAGUUUACUGUCAAGUAUUCGCUGAGCCUCUGGAGAGUCGAGGAUUAGACGAGUUUCAAAUUUCAUCAUUUAAGAGUAAACUAAGUAAUCAAAACAUAUGGCAGUCCAGUAGUUCUGCUCGAGCUUUUUUUACCGCUCCGCCAGUUGCACCUAAUCAACAGAAUACUGAAAUUCAAUCUAGGCGUAUUUAUACUCACCCAUCAAGGUUAAAUAAAAGACGGUGGGCAUGCAAGUUUUCGAAUGAAUUAACUUCUGUAUUAAGUGGAGAUGGUUCAAUGGAUGCUAAUUCGUCGCUUUCGUCACAUUCCAGCAACGAACUUGAGUCAAAAAUAAAUUUUCGUCCCACAGUAGUUGUUGUUGAUGAUACUGUGGAGAAGAAAGACAACGAAAUUGCCAAGUCGAUUUACGUCGACAAAAAUUCAUCUCAAGAAUCUCCUAGUGAAAACAAAUCUUUCAAUUCAAUCAUCACAACACCAAAAAUGAGUGAAAAAAAUAUUCCAAGGAGGAAAUUCUCAGUGUUUUCGCGGUCAAUUGAUUUGGAUAAAAUGUUACAUCCUCAAUGUGUUAAUGACAUCCUCACGACUAGCACACCAGCUCAACCGCAAAAUUUUUCCGCUACUUCUUAUCGAACCACUACUGAUUUAAGUGAUUCAUCAAAUAGUCUAUCACCUUCUCAGUUAGACACUUCUACUGAAGAAGAGAAGAUUGAUCGUGUUUUUAUUCCAACGACACGUGAGACUACAACACUUAUUGCUCCGGCUAAAUUAACUCUUCCUAUUCAAAAAGACAGCAUAGAAUUAGAUUUGUCGAAUACAUCAAAUAACUCAGUAACUCAUGUGCAAGGUGACACGAGUGCUUGUAGUGAUUUGUUUGCUACUAAACUAAUUGAUACUCCAAAGUUAUAUAUUUAUGGAAAUAUUGAUAAUGAUAAAAAACAAGAUAUACAAGGAAAAAGGCGUCCUAAAAGUGAUGUUACGUGGAUCGCUCAAACAGACGUUGAUUCUUCUUAUCAUGGUCGAAGCAGUCGCGCGGUAAAUGAAAAAGAGCCAGUAAAAUCGUCUGCAGUCACACUCGAGAUGUCGAGCGGGGAGGAUAGCUCUGAUUCUUCAAACAGUGAACAAGUAGUUAUUUGUGAUAAUAAACAAAUCGUCCAGAAGAUUGACAAUAAUAUAACUCAUGAUUUAUGUGAUUCUCUUGAAACUUCUCAAUCCUUAACAAGUGAAUUGUCAAAUUAUCCUGUAAAACCCCUACCUAAAGUUUCAAAUGGAAUUAAUGAUAAAACAUUCACGUAUAAACCAUCAAAUAGCCGUGAGAUAAUACUAACGAUGAAAAGAUCACGGUCGGAGAGCGAAAGUUAUGAAGAUCAGUGUACAUGUAAUCUCAGAACAUCAAAACUAAAUAAUAAAAUUCCAGAGUCUAAUCUCAUGAUAUUUCCUAGUUUAGCAGAUUUCCGUAUGCAAGAAUCUGGUAUUGCUAAUCUUUCUGAAAAUGAUGAGCAGGAAAAGGAUUUAUCCGAGGCCGAUAUAGAGAAAAAAUAUUUAGCAUUUUCUUUAGGCCUUUCCACCGACAGACUAACAUUAACCCGUAGAAGAGCUUUCUCACUUCGUCAACGUGAUCAGACUGAACAUAAUCUUGCUAAUGAAAUAACCCGGAUGUCACAGAAUGUCAAGGAACUCGCACCAUUAUGCUUCGACAGUGAGACGAUUGAUAGGAUAGAGCGUGCAAGGAAUCAAGUUGAAAUAAUCACACAGUGCGCGCGCAAAGUAUCAUGGGCUGCAGAGCUGCUUGGAGCUAUUCAACAAGAACAUCGAAUAUCUAGAGCAGUUUAUCUGGCUGACAAAUAUCUCAGAAUGCUGCGUAGUCGAUGUGAAAAACUUGAAGCUGAUCUUGCAGAAACUAAGCGUAUCCUUACAGAAAAUAAUAUUUUAAUUGAUGAACACAAUGUUGAAACUGGCGAGGAAUUGACUAUACGUUAUCGCGGAUUACCAACGACUAAUCGUACAAUGAUUGCUAGAAGACGAGCAAGUAUAGCCACAAUAUUCAGACCUAUUGGAGCAGGCCAGGAUAAUACAAAAGAAGGUGUAAGACAACGGAAUUCAGUAUCUGGACGUGUUACUGUCAGAAGACCAUCAUUUAGCACUGAUUCCCAACGAUGGGAAAUGGAAAAGUUGAAUAAAACAGAAAGCUCAAAUUCUGUUGGAGAACUUCGUGAAAUAUUUGAACACAUUGAAUCUCGACGGGCCUCAAAAGAAGAAAAUAAUAAUAUUAUGUUGCAAGUUGUUACAAAUAGUGAAGGUAGUUCUUUAAUAGUACCGAGUACAAUAACAAGGUCUUAUAAUACCGAAGAAUUACCUGUUGCUAUAAUUAAUGAGGAGGAACCUCUUCCAGAUUCUAGGACAGUAUCUAGAAUGUUAUCUAUGCCAAUAAGCCAUCCUAUAUCAUGGCGAUCAUUAAUAUGGUGCAUUAUAAUUGGAUUUUUUAUUGGAUUCUUCAUGAAAGAUGUUGUUUCUUCGAAACCCUGCAAUGAAGGGUCUUUUAGAUGGUGGACUUUAGAAGAAAUACUUGGUCGCCAUGUGGAAAAAAGAUGUUCAGCACCAUUACCAAUUUGAAAAGAGUGUAAAUGUUAAUUGCGAAUUAAGAAAUAGAAGAAUUAGUUAUAUAUGUAUAUUUUGCAUAGUGUCAUUAAAUUGAUGUGUAUACAAA